GGCGCCUCUCUGCGGGAAGGUUGUCAUGGAUGAUGAUGACGAUGAGUCCUGUCUCCUUGAUCUUAUUGGAGAUCCACAGGCACUGAAUUAUUUUCUACAUGGACCUAGUAGUAAAUCUAGCAAUGAAGACUUGACUAAUGCAGGGUACUCUGCAGCCAAUUCUAAUUCAAUUUUCGCCAACUCCAGUAACACUGAUCCUAAAUCCUCCAUCAAAGGUGUAAGCAAUCAGCUUGGAGAGGGGCCUAGUGAUGGACUACAACUGUCAAGUAGCCUUCAGUUUCUUGAAGAUGAACUUGAAUCUUCUCCCUUACCUGAUCUCAGUGAGGAUCAGCCUUUUGAUAUUCUUCAGAAGUCCUUACAGGAGGCCAAUAUUACUGAACAGACUUUGGCAGAAGAGGCAUAUCUGGAUGCCAGUAUAGGUUCUAGCCAACAGUUUGCACAAGCUCAGCUUCAUCCUUCUUCAUCAGCAUCCUUUACUCAGGCUUCUAAUGUGUCUAAUUACUCAGGUCAGACGCUGCAACCUAUAGGAGUUACUCAAGUGGUACAGCAACCAGUUGGAGCAUCUUUUGCAAGCAAUACAGUUGGUGUGCAACAUGGCUUUAUGCAACAUGUGGGAAUUAGUGUUCCCAGCCAGCAUUUGUCUAAUAGUAGUCAGAUUAGUGGUUCGGGGCAGAUACAGCUAAUUGGUUCAUUUAGUAAUCAACCUUCCAUGAUGACUAUUAACAACCUUGAUGGAUCUCAGAUUAUAUUGAAAGGCAGUGGACAGCAAGCACCUGCAAAUAUGAGUAGCGGACUCUUGGUUCAUAGACAAACUCCUAAUGGUAACUCACUGUUUGGUAACUCAAAUUCAAGUCCAGUAGCACAACCUGUAACUGUCCCAUUUAACAGCACAAAUUUUCAGACAUCUUUACCUGUGCAUAAUAUCAUUAUUCAGAGGGGUCUAGCACCAAAUUCUAAUAAAGUUCCAAUCAAUAUCCAACCAAAGCCUAUUCAGAUGGGUCAGCAAACAGCUUACAAUGUGAAUAACUUGGGAAUACAGCAGCAUCACGUACAACAAGGGAUUCCUUUUGCUUCAGCAAGUUCACCUCAAAAUUCAGUUGGUCCUCAUAUGUCUGUUAAUAUUGUUAAUCAACAAAACACAAGAAAAUCAGUUACUCCUCAAACAGUUAGUAAUGCUGGCGGUAGUAUUGUUAUCCAUUCUCCUAUGGGACAGCCUCAUGUAUCUCAAAAUCAGUUUCUCAUACCUACAAGUCUCUCUGUCAAUUCUAAUUCGGUUCAUCAUGUCCAGACCAUAAAUGGACAACUUCUUCAGACUCAACCUUCCCAGUUGGUUUCUAGCCAAGUAUCUGCUGAGCAUGUUAUGCUGAACAGGAACUCUACAAGCAUGCUCAGGGCCAACCAUUCAUAUUCAGGACAGAUGCUGAAUAAUCAGAAUACAGCUGUUCAAUUAGUUUCUGGUCAGACAUUCACAGCUCCUGGAAGUCAAGUUAUAGUAAAUCAUGGAACUUCUCAAAUUGUUGGUGGACAGGUGCCAUUACAACAGGCAUCACCAACAGUGUUGCAUUUAUCACCCAGUCAAAGUAGUGUUUCUCAAGGUAGAUCAGGUUUUACUACAAUGUCACCUGGACAGUCUACAGUUUCAAAUAUGUCAGCAUCUAAUCGGUUUACUGUUGUAAGUUCUUCUGGCACAGUACAUCCCAGCCUGGGGCCACCAGUUCAGUCUGUUGCAUCAGGAGGAAAUUUUACUGGAGAUCAACUUACACAGCAGAAUAGAACACAAGUUUCAGUGAGUGUAUCACAUUGUCUUCCAGUUUCCUCUUCUAAAUCUAUCAGCACUUUCAGUCGCACAUCAGUAGGAGUAACACAGCAACAGUUCACUUUUGCUCAGGCUCAGAAAAAAGUUAUGAACCAGUCCUCACCAGUUUCUGCAUCAAAGUCACAGGAUAGCUUGAGACAACCUCAGCUAACAGGUCUUCUGAGUAACACGUUGCCAGGACAGGAUUCUGGAGGUAAAAUCAUCCAGCAAUCUUUAGGAACAACACAGUCACAGCAGGAAAAAGUAGUAGGAUCAUCUCCCAUCCAACAAAAUGUGCAGGUGGAUGUUCAUACAGUUGGACAAAAGAGGCCUGCUGCUAAACAGCUAACAAAAGGAGCUUUUAUUCUACAGCAGUUACAGAAGGACCAGGCACAUGCUGUGACACCAGAUAAAAGUCAAUUCAGAUCGUUAAAUGAUGCAGUCCAGAGACUCCUCUCAUAUCAUGUGUGCCAGGGAUCACUGCCAACCAAGGAGGAUUUAAGAAAAGUGGACAGUGAAUUUGAAUCUGUAGCCACGCAGCUUCUGAAAAGGACACAAGCUAUGCUAAAUAAGUACAGAUGUUUGCUCAUAGAAGAUGCAAUGCGGAUAAAUCCCUCUGCAGAAAUGGUCAUGAUUGACAGGAUGUUUAACCAGGAAGAAAGGGCAUCUCUGUCCCGGGAUAAGCGCCUUGCACUAGUGGAUCCUGAUGGUUAUCUGGCUGAUUUUUGUUGUUCUUCUGAACAAUUUGAUGAAACUGCUGAUGAAGCACAGUCCAGUGAAAGUGAUCAUCAGUGUAGUAAAACUUUGACUUCUCACAGUCAGACUACCAAGAUCCAAACCAGAGACCGAUCAAAAUCCAGCACAGCAGAGUCUACAAAUCAUGACAAACUUCAUUUAGUGCCUAACAACAUUAUGACACAACUAGAAGGAAAAAUUUCUACUAAAAAAACGGAAAGCCUCACUAAAGCUUUAAAGUUUGAGAAGGCUAGCUGUUCUCCUGACAGUCAAUACAUGGCUGUCUCUGAAGAGAAAUUGGCUGGUAAAGAUCUUGCCAAGACCAAUGAAAAUUCUUCAAGUUCUGAAGACCUGUCAAAAACCUUGUCAAGAGCUAAUCAUGGUACACAUAAAAUGUCAAGGAAUACAGUUGAAUCUCACUCAGAGGUAAUAUGUAAUAAUAACUCCCUCCAAGACAAAACUCAGAGGAGCUUUCCAAAGAAUGAGGUUUCACAUCCUGACAACAUGAAAGGCUCGGGUGAACCCCAACAGGAUUUACUCCUCAAUAAGAGUUUAGAAACUACAUUCAAAAACAUUUUGGAACUGAAAAAAACUGGGAGACAGCCACAAAGUGAGGCUACUGGUAGUGGCUCUGUAGAAUUAGACUUUCCAAACUUUUCACCAAUUGCUUCACAAGAAAACUGCCUGGAAAAAUUUAUUCCAGAUCACAGUGAAGGUGUUGUAGAAACGGACUCUAUUUUAGAAGCAGCUGUAAAUAGUAUCUUAGAGUGUUAA